CCCAGGUAGCUGACUUCUAGUGAGAGGAGGGAAAAGACGAGUCUCCUAAAGUCACCCUCCAGGCUCUGGGACAACAUGGUGCCUACCAUCUUGCUCAGUGCCUUUCUGCUUCAUCUCACUGAUGUUGUGGCUUCAGAACCGCAAUACAUCCUGUGGGUUUCUUCCGUGGUACAGCGAUUUUCCUCAGAAAAAGCUUGUCUUCAUCUUUUAAAUCUCAACGAGUCUGUGUCCUUGAGUGUCACGUUAGAAUAUGACGGAUCCAGUACUACUAUCUUUGACCAGCACGUGGAAGAGGGGAACUUCUACGCUUGUGCAAAUUUCAAAGUGUCUCACAUGUCCUCAGAGCAGUUGGCCUUUGUGACAUUACUUGUUCAGGGAAAUGCUCUUAAAAUCUCUGAAAGAAGAGCUGUAGCCAUCGCUGCCGAGGAGACCACCACUUUUGUGCAGACAGAUACACCGGUCCACAAACCUGGAGACACAGUUCACUUCCGAGUUGUGACACUGAACACCUGGCUGAAGCCUGUUGAUGACUUGUAUCCCUUGAUCACCGUUCAGGACCCCCAAAGCAAUGUGAUUUUUCAAUGGAUAAAUGUGACCACUUUCAGAAACAUCACCCAGCUCUCAUUCCAACUGACUCCGGAACCAAUAUUGGGGGAUUACACAAUCGUCAUAAAAAAACAAUCAGAAAUGACGGCGGUGGAUCAUUUCACCGUUAAUCAAUAUGUAUUGCCCAGAUUUGAAGUUGAACUCACUGCACCCGAGACAAUAACUAUUGCGGACCAUCAAUUUGAAAUGGUGACAUGUGCAAAGUACACCUAUGGCCAGCAUGUGCAGGGAAAAGCCCAGAUAAAUGUGUGCAGAGAGUUCUUCUCCCCCGGGUAUUGUGAGAGCGGAGAAAAAGAAAUCUGUGAGCAGUUCACUGCGCAGCUGAAAGAUGGCUGUGCUUCUCACAUUAUCAAUACGAAAGUCUUCCAGCUGUACCGCUCUGGAUUCUUCAUGAGUUUAAAUGUUAACGUAAUGGUUACAGAAUUUGGAACAGGUGUGCAGAUCAGUAAAACACACCCAGUUUUUAUCACUUCUGUGCUUGGCACUGUGAGCUUUGAGAACAUGGACUCUUUCUACAAGAGAGGGAUCACUUAUUUUGGAACUCUUAAAUUUUCUGGUCCCAAUAAUACACCAAUGGUGAACAAGCUUUUGCGACUGGAGCUCGAUGGCAAACCUCUAGGAAAUUACACCACAGAUGAGAACGGGGAAGCUCAAUUUUCCAUUGACACGUCAGAGAUAUUUGAUGCACAGAUCAGCUUGAAAGCCGUCUACGUCCGACCUAGAAGCUGCCAUCGUUCCAGCUGGUUGUCCCCUGAGUAUUUGGACGCCUACUUCUCAGCCUCACGCUUUUACUCCCAAAGCAGCAGUUUCCUAAAGAUCAAUCUCGAGCCAAAGCAGCUUCCAUGUGACCAGGAGAAGAUGGUCUCAGUGCUUUACUCCCUAAACCCUGAGGCCUACAAGGAGGCCUCAGAUGUGACCUUCUUCUAUUUGGUGUUGGUGAGAGGAGGCAUCUUCCUCAGUGGACAGACGGAAGUCAGAGCUCAAGCCUGGAAUGGAAACUUCUCUUUCCCAAUCAGCAUCAGCGCGGAGCUGGCGCCGGAGGCUGACCUGUUCGUCUACACCCUCCACCCCAGCAGGGAAAUCGUUGCGGAUAGUGUCAAGCUCCAUAUCGAGAAGUGCUUUAAAAACAAGGUUAGCAUAAAGUUCUCGAAGGAGAAGGACCUUCCCGGCUCUAACACCACCGUUCAUCUUCAAGCAGCCCCUGACUCCUUCUGUGCCCUGCGAGCUGUGGACAAAAGUGCCAUUCUACUGAACCGUGGACAAGAAAUGACACCUGACAGUGUAUACAACAUGAUCCCAUAUAUCCAUCAAUAUGGCUAUUUCUACAAUGGUCUCAACUUGGAUGAUGAGAGAGCAGACCCAUGCAUUCCUCAGAAGGACUUGUUCCACAAUGGACUGUAUUACACACCUACAAGCAAUGUUUGGGAUGGAGACCUCUCUGAUCUUAUCAGGAAUAUGGGUCUGAAAAUCUUGACAAAUCUCCGUUACCGGAAACCGGAAGUGUGUUCAUCCCAGGAAAACCAACCCUUGCUGAGGACACUGGAUCACCCAAAUGAACGGAUAAUCGGUGGUGUCGGUGGUGGUGCACCACCCGCUUCUGCCUUUUAUGAUGCUGCAGACAGCAUCAGCCAUGCAAAACUGGCCAUCAAAGAGACAGUCAGGACAAACUUCCCCAAGAUGUGGAUAUGGGACCUCAUCAGCGUACAUUCCUCAGGCUCAGCAAACGUCCCGUUCCUUGUCCCCGAUACCAUCACCCAAUGGGAGGCCAGUGCCUUCUGUGUCAAUGGCAAUGCUGGGUUUGGCAUGUCACCCAAAGUGUCUCUACAGAUCUCCCAGCCCUUCUUCGUGGAAGUUACCUCACCCUUUUCUGUUGUUCGAAGUGAACAGAGUGACCUGGUUGUCACUGUCUUCAACUACCUGACUACAUGUAUCGAGAUUUCUGUUCAGUUAAAAGCAUCUGAGCAUUAUGAAGCAAGCAUCAACACCCAGAGUAACACUAACAGUGAAGUCCUCCAGGCUGGAGAACGGAAAACAUAUGUUUGGGCCGUUAUUCCAAAGACACUGGGUAAAGUGAAUAUCACUGUAGUGGCUACAUCCAAACAGAGUAGUGCCUGCCCAAACGAUGCCGGUGAGGAGCAUGAUGUCAACUGGAAAGACACUGUAGUCAAAACCUUACUGGUAGAGCCUGAAGGUAUCGAAAAAGAAACAACCCAAAGUUUCCUUAUCUGCCCAAAAGGUACCAACGCCUCAAAGCAAAUACUUCUGGAAUUGCCAAGCAAAGUAGUAGACGGAUCAGCCAGAUCCUUUGUCACCAUUGUGGGAGACAUUCUGGGAGUCGCAAUGCAGAAUCUGGACAGCCUUCUCCAAACGCCCUAUGGGUGCGGUGAACAGAACAUUGCCCAGCUAGCAUCUGACACUUACAUCCUUGACUACCUGAAAGCUACCAAGCAGCUGACAGAAGAGGUCAGAUCCAAGGCGCUGCUUCUCUUAUCUAAUGGUUACCAAAAUCACUUGUCUUUCAAAAACCAUGAUGGGUCAUACGAUGUGUUCUGCCAGAACAACCAGGAAGGAAGCACAUGGCUCAGUGCCCUUUCUUUCAAGACAUUUGAGAAAAUGAAGGACUAUAUUUUCAUCGAAGAGAUAGUCCCCAAACAGACCUUAAUCUGGCUUGCAAAGAAACAGAAAUCAAAUGGAUGCUUUAGAAGGGAAGAGAAGCUUGUCAGCAAUGCGCAGGAGGGCAGUGAGGAGGAUAUUGCGCUCACUGCGUAUGUCGUCGGGGUGUUCCUUGAAGUUGGACUCAAUUCCAGUUUUCCUGCCCUCCGCAAUGGUCUUUACUGUCUAGAAGAGGCGCUUUCCAAUGGUGUCACCGAUGGCUACACUCAAGCUAUUCUGGCUUACACAUUUGCAUUAGCUGGAAAAGAACAGCAAGUGAAAUCCUUACUCCCAAUCCUGGAUCAAUCUGCUACAAAAACAAAUAACAUGAUAUACUGGGAGAAAGAUGAGAAACCCGAGACAGACAACUCUCCAUCAUUCAUUCCUUCGGCACUUUCUGGUGAGGCAGAGAAGACGUGCUAUGUGCUGUUGGCUGUCCUGUCCCAGGACACUCAGGACCUCGAUUAUGCCACCAAGAUUGUGCAGUGGGUCGCCCAGAGGAUGAACUCCCAUGGAGGCUUCUCUGCCAUGCAGGACACCAUAGUGUGCCUUCUGGCCCUAACCCGAUACAUGAAGUUAACUGGCUCUAACCCUCAAAACACCGUCACCCUGAGCACGGAAGAGUCUAAGGAGGUUUUCCCUGUUAACAGAGAUAACCGCCUUCUGGUACAGCACUCAAAAGUAUCCAAAGACCACAGACAAUACACGGUGGAUGUAGAAGGAGAUGGCUGCUCAUUUAUCCAGGCCACCCUCAGGUACAAUGUGCCACUUCCUAAGGAGGCCUCAGGAUUUUCCCUUUCUGUGAAAACUAGAAAGAGCAACUCUUCAGAUGAAUUCCAGACCAAGUUUGACCUCACGGUGACCCUCACGUACACUGGAGCUCACGAAAGCUCCGGCACAGUCCUCGUGGAUGUGAAAAUGCCCUCUGGCUUUACUCCUGUCUUCUCAUCCAUCGAGGAGCUUAAAUUCAUUAGUCAAGUAAUGAAGACGGACAUAAAGAAUGCCCACGUUCUUUUCUACUUGAAAAAUGUUCCCAAGGAAGCAACCAGCUUCACCUUUUCUAUUGAACAAACCAACCUUGUAGUCAACAUCCAGCCAGCCCCAGUCACGGUCCACGGAUAUGAAAAAGAUGAAUAUGCUUUUGAUUCUUACAACAUCAAUAGCAUGUAGGAUUCCGAAUAAGACAAAGAAACGCACAGAAAAAAAUUACAGGUAUGAGAAUAUUUCUUUGAAUAAACUCUUCUCCUGGUCACCAUCCUAACAGAAUGCCUGACCAAGCACCACACAUGCUGAAGAUUCACAAUGAUUUCUUGUCAGCCUCACUUCCUUCCUUCUAUUAAAUGACAUCAUUUCAAGUCUGAG